UGAGUUUCUCAGAAAGGAUGUCGAAAAGUCCUGGCGGUUCCUCUGAGGCAAAAAUGCAACCAGAGAUUAGUCCUCGUGAACCAGCUUCUAGACCCGCGGUAGCUGCUUUUACGGUACGAUCGAUGGAAUGGGGACCUUCCCAAGAAAAGCAAACACAGACGAGUCCUGAAAGUUUCUCAGGUCCUGCAGGUCCCCCAAAGCAGAAGAUGACCGAGAAUCCUUCUGCACGGGAAAGAAGGCCACUUAUAGAAUUUCAGGCUGGCGAAGAAUAUGUUGUGCUCGCUUCCCAUUGUUCCGCACAAGAGCAAGAUCAAAACCGUAGAAUCUGCGAUGAAAGCGACGACACAGCGCUGGAGGACCAAACUGUGGAACAGACAGGCGAACGGGAGAUCGCCGGGCGUCCAUUAAACCCGAUCAGUCGCUCCUUAUUGAAUGCCAAUGCCCUGGAGUUCCAUCCCAUGGCUAGGGAGCGUGAACGGGAGGCGGAGCAGGUGUACUCGGCUGAGGAAUAUGCUCUUCAGCCUAAUGAAUCCAGGCUAAAGCGAAGGCGUCGUUCCCAGCGAUCUAAUCGUUCCAUGAAGCGAUGGCAGCGCGAGCAAACCAACAGUGGUCAGGUGGUUGAGAUCCAGGUUCCGGCUCAAGGCCAGCAGUUGCAGCAGCGUGGAAUCCAGGCACAGCGACACGAACAGGGACAGGGACCGGGUGUUGGACAUGGACCGGGUGUACGACUGGGACCGGGUGUUGGACAUGGACCGGGUGCAGGACAUAGUGUAGGACAGCGACAUAAUGUUGGGCAGAGACAAACUGCUGGACAGCCACAGACUGCAGGACAGCGACAGAUUGCAGGACAGCGACAGACUACAGGACAGCGGCGACAGACUGCAGGACAGCGACAGACUCCAGAACAGCGACAGACUGCUGCAGGACAGCGACAGGCUACAGGACAGCGACACACUACAGGACAGCGACAGACUACAGGACAUGGACUGGGUGCAGAGCAGGAUGCAGGGGAGCGACGCAGUAUUGAACAACGACAGCGUGCAGGGCAGCAUCAGAUACAGAGCCGGCUCGCCCUGCCCGGUCGCCACUGCAGAGCUCCGACAACUCAUCAGCGCCUGCACCCCCAACAGCAACAGCAACACGCAUGUCCAAUGACACAGGACCAACUUUACCAAGACAACCCGAUGUAUCCAGUUUAUGUCGGUGCGCCACCUGUUCCGACAGUCUAUGGACCACCAACACCGGCUCCACCAGUCUACGGACCACCAACACCUGCUCCACCAGUCUACGGACCACCACCCGCUUCACCAGUCUAUGGACCACCACCCGCUCCACCAGUCUAUGGACCACCACCCGCUUCACAAAUCUAUGGGCCACCACCCGCUCCACCAGUUUAUAUGGGUACUUCAGUUUAUGCCCCUCCGCCAGUUCCUUCGCCAGCUACUGUAGAUUAUGUCGCUGCGCCCGCUCCUCUAGAAUAUGUCCCUGCGCCCGGUACAGUAGAAUAUGUCGCUGCGUCUCCUUCUUCGAACGCCUAUGGAGGCUAUGUACCUUAUCCAAUGGUUCAAGAAUCUCUGGUCUGCCCAUAUAUAUGGGCGAUGCAUUAGCGGCAGUCAAUGUAUCUUACGCUGUGCCAGCACAUCGAGUAGCUUCUGCUCCAGCGCCAGAUUACACACGAGGAUAGUGCCCAGAACAUGCUGCAUAAGUACUUGUGAUAACCAGAAAGAAGCGACCCACUGUCUUCACCAGUAAAACGUACAAACAAUUUCCUGCAUGCUUCGCCAAGCUUGCCCUGCGCCUGAAUGUCCUGGGAUCAGAUGUGUGCGAUCAUUUUGUCCAACAAAUCUUUCAGGGGAACACCACCACCGUCGCCAUCAUCUGUGAAUAGUUUCAGUCUCAUCUCGCAUAUCAAUCUGUGCAUGAACGAGUUCACCCGCUGACUGCUGCACUAUUUGGAUCGUUACGAGGACCAGGUGCUGGGCAUGUCGAAGGUGAAGCGUCGGCGCACAGAUAGUUGGGAGUUUCCUUAAACAAAAAUCUACCUCGACAGAAGUCAAAGACUUCUCAUUACACUUAAAUCGAUUUAUAUCGAAAUUUGUAGUUUUCUAGUAUGCAUUUACAUGGCACAAUGUGUUUAUAAACAACAUAUGUAUACGAGUCCUA